UUCUUUUUCCUUCUCCACCAUGUCAUUGAAGCUGUGUCUUGGUCUUCCAUGAUUUCUCUGCUCCCCAAAACCCUAACCCUCAUUCGUUUCCUUCACAGACCAACGCGAACACACCCUACUAAACUAACCGCCAUUCGAACCAUGAGCUCCACCUCCACGCAGCGCAUCUUCCAGCUCAAGCUCGACCCACUAACAGGUAAAUCCGAAUGGGUCAUCAUCGAAGACAAUGACGACAACGACCAAACCUUUGCACAUAGUUUCCCUCAACCCCUUCUCGCCACGACGUCGUAUUUGGACAUGCUCAACGACUCCGCUAGAAACACAGCAUUUCGUCAAGCCAUUGAAAAAACCAUCACCAAACCAUGCCACGUUCUUGAUAUCGGUGCUGGAACUGGAUUGCUUUCUAUGAUGGCUGCGAGAGCCAUGGGUGACGAAGGGAAGGUCACGGCGUGUGAGUCUUACCUUCCGAUGGUGAAGUUGAUGAAGAAGGUGUUGCGUCUUAACGCCAUGGAAGGAAGGGUCAAAGUCAUCAACAAGCGUUCUGAUGAACUCGAAGUUGGUAUUGAUAUCUCUUCACGUGCCCAUGUUCUGGUAAGCGAGAUAUUAGAUUCAGAACUACUGGGUGAGGGGCUUAUACCGACCCUACAACAUGCACAUGACAAUUUGUUGGUGGAAAACCCUCUGACUGUCCCAUAUCGAGCAAUCACAUAUGGGCAGCUCGUUGAAAGCACAUAUCUGUGGCAGCUGCAUGAUUUGCAUGACAAUGAGGCUAAUGCAUCUGAUGGAAUUCGUCUUACCCCUGUGGGACUUGAUAGUGUUUUAAGUGUCAAACGUCAGCAGUAUGCUAUGCAUUGCGAUCCUAUUAGAGAAGAAUUAAAACUGCUUUCAGAACCCUUCAAAAUUUUUGAAUUUGAUUUUUGGAAACGGCCAGAGAGUUAUGGAGAAACUGAGCUGCUCGUAAGGGCAACUAAUAAUGGUAGAGUUCAUGCCGUGGUUUCUUGGUGGGUACUUCAACUUGAUCGUGAAGGGACCAUCUAUUAUUCCACUGCUCCCAGGUGGAUAAGCUCACCAACAAUUACAAGUUGUGUUGAUUGGUGUGACCACUGGAAACAGUGUGUUUGGUUUGUUCCAGGCAGUGGUAUUUCCAUAAUCAAAGGGGAUGAAAUUCAUUUGCAUGCUACUCAUACUGAAACUAGUAUCUCAUAUAAUUUAGAUACUCGAGGGCCGACAACUGAGAUUUUGCAGCAUAGGUUGACAGCUGAAGUUUUGCAGCUUGAGCUGACACCAGAAAGGGCUUCAAUCUAUGGAGACAAAGAAUGGAGGCUUUCAAUGUCAAAGGCAGUUCAAAGUGUGUUGCAGGGAAGAGGUCACACACUAUGUUUGGUUGCAGAUGAUAGUGUGUUUUUACCUCUUCUUGUGGCACGGCUUUCAGAGGCACCACAUGUAAUGUCAUUACUUCCAGGGCUGAAAGAAAGUGGCCUCCAAUAUUUGCACACUGCCACCAAUGCAAAUGGUUUAUCACCUAAUUGCAUAGAAGUUUUAGAAAAAAGGGUGAAACAGUUAUCCAUGCAUGAUACACAUCAGAAAAAGGUUGAUCUGUUAAUUGCAGAACCUUUCUAUGUAGGACAUGAAGGUGUGCUUCCGUGGCAGAACCUGCGGUUUUGGAAGGAUCGCACAACACUUGAUUGUAUCCUCUCUGAAGAUGCUCUGAUAAUUCCUAGUAAAGGAAUAUUGAGAGCUUGUGCUGUCUCUCUUCCUGAUCUUUGGAAAAGUCGUUGUUGCUUGAGUGAGAUUGAAGGUUUUGACCAUUCGGUGGUAAAUGCUACAUUGGGGGCUUGCGGUCAUCUAUCUGAAUUAGAAGAGGGUCCUUGUCUCCCUUUUUUUGUUUGGCAGUGUGGAGAAUUUGAUGUGCUUAGUGAGACAUUUGAUGUGAUGGAGUUUGAUUUCUCAAAACAAAUAUGCCAAUGUCAAGGAAAAUCCCAGGUUAAAUUCACCAAGACUGGGUUAUGUCACGGGUUUGUGCUAUGGGUUGACUGGGUGAUGGAUUUGCAAAAUUCUGUUGUGAUAUCGACUGGUCCAGAUAAGAGAUAUUGGAAGCAGGGAGUAAAGCUUCUUGGAACUCCUAGAACAGUAGGACCUCAAAGAUCAAGAAAUGUCCAAGAAUGUUGUUCUGCAUUUCUCGAAGAAAUGGGGUUACAUAUGGUGGCUCUGGCUAAACUCCACUUUCAACUUACGAGCCACGGUUUAAGACCCGCGGCGGUUGGAAUCGCUUCUCCAAUCGUGCUUAAGUUGUUGUUUGGUUUCAGGGUUUUCAGAGAUGAUGCUCUUUACCAAUCAAGAUUGUUCCUUUUCCAAUUGGGUCACAUAGCUUUCAAUAGGGAAACCCAAGUUUCCUAUUUAGAAAGAAUGCAAAGAGCUCUUCGAUUAAUCUGGAGAAUAUUCAACCCCGUCACUCAAUCAUCCUCGGAGGACUCGCAAAUUGGACACCACCACACCUUCCAUGAACUUUCAAUGCUUGCACUUUAAGUUAUUCAUCAUCACACUUUGCUUUCCAGUUAGUGCUUUCUCUUUAUUCCCUUCCUUGAUCCUUCACCUUCUUCUAUCUUAUUACCAUGUAGUACUACUACUAUUUCAAUGUCUGAAAUCCAUGUUUUCUCGGCUUGAUUCUGUGAAUUAUGAUAUUUUUCAUGAAAUUUU